AUUUAUCACUCCUGUAGUGCCCUGGUCGGCAGAUGCGGAAACAGGUUGUGGCCGGGCUGUUCAUCUCCCUCCCGCUCCUCGGCUUUCUGGGCUGGGAACCCUCCCAGGCGGCGGGGGUGUCCACUGCAGGGAGGGCUGUUGGGCUCACGGUGGGGGUGGCCCUGCUCCAGAGCUGACCCCUCCCAGGUCGGCACCCCGACUGCCAGUGCACUGGCCUCCUCCACCACUCCGCCCCCCAAGCCGUGGCGCCCCCUGUCCAGCUCCGAGCACUCAGUUCUUCACGGUCACACCCUCACGCCGGCACUGAGCCCCGGCUGCCUGUGCGCCACCUAGGUGACUCCACAGGGCGGGCUCCCGGGCCGGGGAGGGCGGGGCGCUCGGGGAACCUUAAAGGGAGCUCCGCAGGUCCUCGCCCAGGCCCUGCCGCCGCUCGAAGCUCCCCACCAUGGCCGAGACCCCCAAGCUCCGGCCGUUUGUCAAGGUGCCGGGCUGGCCGGGCUGCAGGGAGGGCUGAAGGGUGGGUCUCUGCGGCAGGGUCCACACCCCUUGCCCUGCGCUAGGCUCCGGCUGUCCUUUGGAGGCUGCGUAGGUGGGGGCGGCGAGGGGGGUAGCGCCGGUGAACCAUUCCCAAAGGGCUUGGGGUGGCCUCACCCUGACUCCCAGCCUUGACUCCCGGGCACAGCCCAGCCCUCCUGAAGGAAAAGCCCCUGGGGGGCGGGCAUGUAGCAGGCAGGGAGCAGUGGCCGAGGCCCGGUGGAGGCUGGGGUCAAUGCAGCAGAAGAGGGGCUGUGCUAGGCAGCCCUCCGUGCCUAGAUCUGCCGACUCCAGUGAGGGGCUGCCAGGGCCUGGCCUCCUCCCACCCUUGAAGCCCAGGGCAGCGAGGUACCCGGUGCAGCAAGAUGAAUCACUCCGGAAACAGCUCACUUGUCCCACCCCACCCUUGCAACCAGCCUGCAGGCCCUGGUGCCCAGGGGCCUGGCCUCAGCCCAGGCUCUGAAGAUAAGGGCCGAGGGACCAAGCUCCAGAGCCAGGCUCCCGCCUCUGCACCCCUCACCCCGGUGCCCUGGCCCAGCCUCCAAGCUCUCAGCAGCGCUGCAGCCCUCCCCGCCUCCCAGGGACCGAGUGAAGGGCCCUCGCGGCCGCUUGUCCAGGCCAUGCCCAACUGAGUUGGAGCCCUAGCCUUGCUCCAACCUCUUGGCAGUGGGAGGCCGCGGGGCUCCUGGGUGUGCUCCCUGCUCCGACGCCCCUCUACACCUCCCAUCCAGGCGAGCGAGGACGGCAAGAGCAUGGGUCACCGCCCUUCUUGUCAGAGGCCCCACGAUCCUGCUUCUCAAGGGCGUGUCCUUCACACUCGCCACCGUGGACCCCGCAGGUCCCCAGAUGUGCUGAAAGACUUUGCCCCGGGUUUGCAGCUGCCCGUCCUGCUGUAUGACGGCGACGCCAAAACGAACACGCUGCAGAUUGAGGAGUUUCUGGAGGAGACGCUGGGCCCCCCAGAAUUCCCCAGCCUAGCGCCCAGAUACAGGGAGUCCACCGCGGCGGGCAAUGACGUCUUUCACAAAUUCUCCGCCUUCAUCAAGAACCCGGUGCCCGCGCUGGACAAUGGCGAGGAGGGUCCGGAGACACGGCGAGGCUGGGGGGAGUGGCGCUCCCCGCCCCCAGCCCUGUACCAGCAUCUGCUGUGCGCCCUUGCCAAGCUGGACAGCUACCUGCGCGCACCCCUGGAGCACGAGCUGGCGCGGGAGCCGCAGCUGCGCGAGUCACGCCACCGCUUUGUGGACGGCGACCAGCUCACGCUGGCCGAUUGCGGGCUGCUGCCCAAGCUGCACAUCGUGAACGGGAGCGCCGGGCCGGGCGGGGCAAGGCGGGGCGGGGCUGACCCUCGAGGAGACCCCGACCGCGCCCCUCGCCCGCAGACAGUGUGCGCGCACUUCCGCCAGGCGCCCAUCCCCUCUGAGCCGCGUGGCGUCCGCCGCUACCCGGACAACGCCCUGCAGGAGAAGGAGUUCAACUACACGUGUCCACACAGCGCCAAGAUCCUGGCGGCCUACCGGCCCGCCGUGCGCCCCCGCUAGCGCGCCCGCCUUCCCCGCCACCCGCCCGCUCCUCUGCAGCCCCAGAAAGGUAUCUCUGCCUCAGUGAGCGGGUACGGACAUACGAGGACCAGAAGCCCCGCAAUUUCUGCCACCCCCAAACUCCUACCGUGAGACGUUCAGCUCCAGAUGACAGCCAGGAAGGACCGGCAGAGAACCCAGUGGGCGGCGCGCGGUCCAUACCCCCACUCCUCUGGGAUGGCGGGACUAGAUUGGACUCCCAAACCAGUCAGGCCAGGGUGGGGCGGCAGGAUGGCUGGGGAGGGUGGGGAACAGAGCCCCGUCUGGGCAACUCGGGUCUCCAGGCCGGAGGGCGGGCCCACAUUCCUCAGCUCUGCCCCAGGUGGCAGGCAGCCCACCCCCAUCUCCCUGGUCAUCACGUGGGGUUUGCAUCAGGGAGGCGUGUGCCCGGAGGGACAAGAGCAGAGUUCUAGCCUCUCAGAGCCCCAGCCCCACCUCACACAGCCUUCUUGGCUCCUGGGCUGGCCAGGCAGGGACAGCUGGGCAGG